GUCCGCUCCGACGAGAACUAAGAAAAGAUGUUGAAAACUUUACCUAGUGGGAUAAUAAUUCUGCUUCUCUGCUUCGCAACAGAAUGCCAUGGAUAUUACAGAGCCCAAGAACUGGAAAAUAUAACUGAACUCAUCAAACACAUUCUUGUCGACUAUGAUAUUCGUCUUCGACCAAAUUUCGGAGGGGACCCAAUCUUUAUUGGAAUGGAUUUGCAGAUAGCAAGUUUUGACGCCAUCUCUGAAGUAAACAUGGAUUACACCUUGACCUUAUAUUUGAACCAAUACUGGCAAGACACAAGACUUGCAUUUAGCACUGGGACUUAUGAACUCACACUUUCUGGAGAAUUUGCUGCAAAAAUAUGGGUUCCUGAUACAUUUUUUGCCAAUGAUAAAAAUUCGUUCCUUCAUGAUGUUACUGAACAAAACAAAAUGGUUCGUCUUUCUUCUGAUGGUACAAUCAAAUAUGGUAUGAGAUUUACAACAACACUUGCCUGCAUGAUGGAUUUGCAUUAUUAUCCAUUGGAUUCUCAAAAUUGUACUAUUGAAAUCGAAAGCUAUGGAUAUACUGUUGCCGAUGUGAAGAUGUAUUGGAUGAAAGAUGCAGUACAAGGUGUUGAAAAAGCAGAUCUUCCCCAGUUUUCAAUAUUGCGUGUUGAAACUACAGAUCGCUUAGAAGCUCUUGCAUCUGGCACUUAUCAACGACUUUCUUUGAGUUUUGAAUUGAAAAGGAAUAUUGGAUACUUUAUUUUUCAAACAUAUCUUCCAUGUAUUUUGAUUGUAAUGCUGUCAUGGGUUUCCUUUUGGAUUAAUCAUGAAGCCACAUCAGCACGUGUUGCUUUAGGAAUCACCACAGUGUUAACCAUGACUACCAUAAGCACUGGAGUGAGAUCUUCGUUACCCAGAAUAUCAUAUGUCAAAGCCAUUGACAUAUAUCUUGUCAUGUGCUUUGUUUUUGUUUUUGCUGCCCUGCUUGAAUAUGCAGCUGUGAACUAUACUUACUGGGGAUCAACUCGAGCAAAAAAGAAAGCAAAGAAAUUGAAAGAUUCCAAAGCUGCUACUGAAGGAGGAACGAUAUCCUCUGGAACUCUAAGAACCUAAGAAAAUACUCACUACUAGACAAGAGCAAGAGAGCUCGUUUGUAUCAGUUUUUCUAUAAUUUGCAGAUUAUUAUGAUCUACAUUAUUUGAAAUGCAACUUGGAAUUAGAAGGUUGCAAAGGAAUUUCUCAUAGGAUCAGCAGGAAAUCAUUAGUUUCACCUUAUGAGAUUUAAUUCGCAUUUUUGAUGGGUUGAAAAUACCUUUGAAUUAAAUAAACAACAAGUUGAAAACUCUUUAAUCAAAAAAUAAAUUAAAAAAAAAAAAAAAAAAAAAAACAUCCCUUUUGAAUCUCACCCUGCUCCAACUAUGACUGUCUCACUGUACUCCACUCCGCCUUUGUCUUCUAAUUCAACAUUUUAAGGAGUUUGUUUAAAGCCUGUCCUAAAUGUUUUGAAUGUUAAUUAGCUACAUAGGCAGAACAAUGAAUAUGAUCAAAUGGCUUUUUUUUUUUCAUAAAAGAAAAUGUUAUAAAUUCAUGCAUACAAGAGUUAAAAAAAAAAGAGAAAAAUCAUUUACUUUGCCUGAAAUCAGGAAAAUAAUGAUCAUUUGAUUGCAAAUCUUUGUCAUUGUUUAACCCUUACUAAGUAAAAAUGUGUUGACAUAAUGUAGCUUUAAGUAUUCUUUUGUUUUUGAGAUUGGGAAUAUAAAGAUUUUGUGUGUGUGUUUCAUUUGUCAGUCAGUCAUUGUUUUACAAAUCAUCUGAGUAGUUUUGUAGUUAGCAAAUGCCAAUACUUUUGUAGUUUAAGUAUUUACAGUUGUCUGGCAAUUUUCAACAUAAUUCUUUUGACCACUUAAGGUACCACCUUUUUGUGACACCCUUAAUUUGCCCCAACUCAUUUUAAAGUUUUUAUUUGUUUUUUAUGUACUUUCAUAUAGAAAUAAAUUAUAUUCUAUUUGGAAAAUAGGUCUGUACUUGAUACUAGUUCAUUUAUUAGCUGUGUUUCUGUAAGUGAUACAUUUGAAAUACAUUUAUAAAUAAAUUUCUUUUUAUUAUUAGAAUGAAGAAAUUAUUGAACUACAAGAUGUAAGAGUUUCUCCCAUACCAUAUUUGCGGCGAAGAAACAAGACAUCAACUUAUUCAUCUGAAACUUACUUUCCACCAUCAUUCCGAAG